ACACUUGAGAGUUGGCAAUCAUUGGCUUCUACAGUGCUGCAGCAAGCCAACACUCUCAAGGAAGAUUCUAGCAACACUAAACGACACAAAUGUCUGUCGAUGCUGAAAGACAUUUUUAUCGAAGCCCCUGUACCUCGUGCCUUCUACAACCGGGCCUUUCCUUUGCUGAUCGACUCUCUCCUGCUGUGCCUUUCGGAUCCCACUGAGGCAGCACGACAUACAGCUGCCUGCUUACUGUGCAAGUUUUUAAAUGAGAUUACAGAUGUCGAUAGCCACCUCAGAAAUGUGCUCCGUGCUCUGGUCCCACGCUUUGGCUCUGAGGAUAUCGACGGUGUGGCACACCUUCCCCCCAUUAUGCGUCCUGCACCCGAAUAUAAGCCUCUCCAGUUGACGCCGGUGGAGAAGAGUGAGGACGUACGCCAGGAACUGUUGCAAGUACUGCUCGCCGUGCUCGAUCGGAGCUCAGACGAAUCUGCUUGGAACUAUCUCGACAUGGUGACAGGUCUGCUGCGCGCUGGAGCUAUGGAUUUGUGCCCCACCAUAAAACUUGUGGCUUUACAAGCGAUUGCAGAGUUUUGCGAUCGUCACCAGCAUAUGCUACUCCAUUUUACUGAGCCCUUGUCAAGAUCGAUUCUUUCGUGCCUUGUACAUCAGCAUGCAAAGAUCAGGAUGGGGGCGCUUCGGACGCUUACGCACGUGCUCCGUUGUGGCCUGUACAAGUAUACCUGUGAAAUUGUCCAAAUGCUUUCUGGAUGGCGUGAUCCAAACUUUGUCCCCAUCAAGGCCUUGUACGAAGUAACCACCAUCCGUAAUUACUUUGCUGAGCUGCUUUCGGAUCAUUCACCUGUGGUUCGAAUGUUCUUUUUUGAAAUUCUCACAUGGUGGCUACUCGAGUUUGAUGAUAAGGCUGACUACGAAAGUUGGUUGUUCCCAUACCUUCUUAGCGGACUCUUUGACCCAUUCAGACCUAUACAGCAGCUGGUCUUUGUCCUUCUAGAGAGGCUUGGAAGACACUACGAGGCUACUCAUGAAAAGGAGCUUCGUGAGAUAAAGCAGCUUGGGGCUCCUGAACCUUGGAGCUACGAAGGGAAAGUUUUGCUAGCAUUUCCUCUGGGAGGCUAUUUGGAUACGGCGGAGGCCCGAGAUAAGAUGGAAGAGACAAAUCAGUUUAUAUCUUUUGUUGGAUCUUAUUCUCAGCGCCUGCGUAAGCUAGGCUUCGAGGGGUAUUCUCUCUCAAGUUCAGCAAUUGAAAAAUUCCUUGCGGCUGGGGAGGCACUUAUAGGCAACCCCCCAAGGCCCUGCUUGGGGUCACGAAUGAUGGUAAGGACGUACUUCAGACGCUAUGCCAAAGCCCUGUUCGAGCGUGUAGAGGACUUCAAAGAAGUCACCCAUGCGAUCUCAGCUCGCCUGCUCGUGGUGUCACUAGCGUACAUAGAAGAGGCGGCUGUAGAGUGGCUAGAUGACUGUCUACGGAUCUGCUCUCAUGUUUUGUCAGCACAGCACCGCCAUUCCAAAGAGGCUGUGAAAACAUAUAGCAUGGCAGUGCGCUUACUGGGAGUCUUUAUAGACCCCGAAAACUACUGGGACAUCGUGAAAGUUGCCCUUGAGGAACACAGCCUUGAUGAUCCGGGUCAGCAAAUCGGUAUGAUAGGUUUGCUUGAUUUGUUGCUAGAGGGCACCUUUAUGGCGUUACAAAAUGCCUACGAUUCCACGCUCGGUUUGGGUCGCCUCGGUCCUAUCGUGCCAAAGAUUACUGACACCCUUGCGCGCACCUACCUCUUGCAAGAGCAAUUUGCCAACUUCGCAGCAGAAAGUGUGAGAAAGGUUGUCAAGACACUGUUGUCUGGAAUAGUGCGGCAAAAAGAAGCCAUUCCUGAAGCGACAUGGCAAAACAUUUUCAGCACUGUUUGUUCUGUAACUGCUUUAACCAAUGGGCUGGACGAUGAAGAGCGUGCGAUUAUACCUGCAGACCUCCAGGAGUUACUGGAGAAGGUGGCUAAGUAUAACUUGACUACAAGCAGUAUUGUACCUGGUACACCGAAUGAGAGAAUAAUAUGGAUCUACGCAGAUGUAUCUACGAGGCUGCCUCCUACAAAUUUAGCCUCUCUCAUCGCAUAUAUCAAGUGCUUGCCAGACGAGCGCAUUCUUGAAGAGGAAUCCUUCUAUAUACUCCGUGAAAAGCUUCAACAACUUUCUGCGGCAACUCAUUCAAAGGCAACACGCUGCCUUGCAAUAAGAACAGCACUGAGGCUCGCUAGACGUUUGGUGCUAAUGGCUCCUUCCAGCGGCAAUAUACUGCACAAUCGUGACCAAAGUGUUGAAGUCCAAAGUAGUCUCCGAACUUCAUCAAUUGUGUGUGAACAACAGGAAAGUGGGUCACAACGAACCAAGGAGUUAGCUGAAAUGCGUACGGUUGAACCCAACCAAGAGCAAAGCAUGGAAAGCUCAGGACCUUUAGCGAGGCGGAAGACCCCAACACAAGCAGCAGCAGAGGUCCUCUCUUAUAUAGUACUCAGCCAGCUACGGGAUAAUCGUUCUGUAGAGGACCUUGGAGACACGCUACAAGCUAUAACGGAUUUCGUUACUCUGUUACAGUCAGAAACAAGUGCUACCUGCAGUGCGCUGCAAGAGACGCUGGCUAGAUCCGGUCUUGCUGAAGAUAUGGGAUGGCUUCUACAAGAAACUCGCCUGCACACAAAGCUCUUUUGUGUAGCCUCUGAGGCAUAUGCACACAAAUGUGCCGCUACGUACCCAGGUAAAACACCUGCUAUGAUUUUGGAGGACAUGCCGUUGGAAAAGAGGCGGGAACUGAGACUGUCUGCAAUAAGCGCUGCAUCAGCUCUUAAGGACCAAGCAGUGCUGCUACUGCGACUUUCUCUAGGAAGUGUAACAAAAGAGGUGGAAACCCUCAAGAGAAUAAUCAGCAAUGCUAUUGUCGCACUCCACCCUCCCGCCAAACUCCAAAGACUGUCAGCGGGGAAGGCCUAUGAGUCAUUGGAUGAGUACGGCUCUCCUACUCGGCAGCUUACUGCUCACGACACUUUUGACCAGUUUGGCACACGUUUAUCUGGUUUAAAGGAAAAUAGACCUGGUGGAAGGAAGGAUGCAUCAGCAGCAGGAGGCGACUGCACUGACCUCCACUGUAGUUCGUGGUUGCCGUACCAGACACAAAGUCCCUGGUUUCUUUUCCAAAUUGCCAGCUGUCUCGUCGAUGCAGUAGUAGAUGGGAUCGCAUCCAAUAUAGGUGUUUUCAGCGAAACGGAGCUUACUAACUCGGCAGACGAGCGCUCGCAGGAUAGGCGUCUCCCGCUCCUGACAAUGCCGAGGGCUUGGCGAUUACCACUGUAUAGCCACCUUCACUUACAUGCAGCGCGAAACUUCUUGCUUGAAAUCUUGACAGAGUCUGAAAUCUUUCAGGCAGUUGACAGCUGCGUUAGGCAUAUAGUGGAAAUGCAAAAUACAACCUCGGAGGUUUCUCCAUUUAUGAACGAAUCCGUCGAAGAGGGGUCAACGCUGCAGACAGAGGCGACUCAAAAUCUGAAAGCAAUACUGAAGAUGGCACAAAAACAAAUUAUUAGUGUGCCUGCUGGAGUACAGAAGGAGCAAGCAAGGCACGCUCUAAUUCACGUCAUUCUACUGCUGAAGUGCCUCUGCCCCGCCGCUUUAGAGAAAUGUUUGAGGGAGUAUGAGGCUUCCAGACAUUUCAGGCGUCAUGAACUGUUGACUCAGCUCUUGCAUGGCCCCAGUCCUGUUUUUUCUGGCUUUGUCAAUGUGACACGAGAUGCUAAAAUAUCGGGAGUCAAUGAAUAA